UGGACUCCAUUGCUCAUUCCUGUUUGAGUCGCGGGGAAUUAGAACUAAAUCAAUACCCGACCAGUCGUACGGCCAAGUUAACUUUUAUCAACAAACAAAUGGAGGUGACGUUAAUGUAAACUCUCAACUUUGACACGACAUGAAAGGCAAGUUUGUCUCUGUUUGCUUUUUUCUGUCCGUGUAUUCAGCUGUUGCUGUUAAAGUCCGUAAAGACAGCAACACGUUGCCCAGGCUGUGCGUCAGGUCGUGUUGACUGAGCGGGAUGGAGGCCGGUGUCGGUGAUUUUCUGCCCAGCGAGGAGCAGCUGAGGAGCACACUGCUCUGUGAUGACAAGGAGGAGCUCCGCAGGACACUGGCGCAGCUACAGAGGGAGUAUCUCAAGACAGCCCAGAGACUGAAGCGUGCUGAGCGCCUGGACGCGGUGAGGAGGCAUGUGAAAAGUAGGAUUUCUCUGCACAAACACCAAGACCAUAGAGAUCCAGAGGCUCCAUCCAGCUCUAGCAUCAACCCUUCCCCUCUCGUGUUUAACGCAAACAACGCAAGCGUCACAGGAUCCCCACCAAGUCAGGCAGGCGCAGCGGAUCGCGACGCAUCCACGAGGCAUCCGGUAAUACGAUUCUCGCUGCCCGGAGAUCCCGCUUGCCCCCAAACCCCGGACCCCAGCGACGCCGCCGCCAGAAGCCACAGGCCCAGCCCGGCCCUGCGCCUGCGGUCAAGACGCAGCCGCCUGCGCUGGGAAAAGAGGAACGCCGACGCUCUACAAAGCUCAGGCAGCGGCGAGCAACGGGACGAAAGGACUGAAAACACGAGAGCUGCAGACGAGGAACAGACGACCGAGGAAGAAAAUGUUGUCAAUGAGAGCGAAGAGCUGUUUUCUGAGUCCCCCUCUCUGCUGCUCACACACGGGAGCGCACAAGAACACAGGGAAGCUGGGGGUGAAAUGGGAAAGGAGGAGCACAGAGCCCAGGAAGGAAGAGAAAAAGAUCUGGAAGUUGAUGGGAAAUGUGGCAGAGCUGCUUUAACCCCAGAGGAAGAAGGGCUACAUGUUGGAGAAAAACACUCGGUGAAUAUUGAGAGAGGAGAGGAUGGGCAGAGGGAGGAGAGCGAAACGGUGGCACGGGAAGAUGGCAGCCAUGAAAACGCUGAGCCAACAGCCAGAGCUGCCAAACAGCGGCCUUUGGUGGAGGCAGAAGCAGAAAAGGGUCAGACCGCGGCAGAUGAGAAGGCUGCGAGCGUCCUAGACUCCUGCACGUUGGUGGAAGGACUACUUUUCCCCGCGGAGUACUACGUCCGAACCACCAGGCGGAUGACGCUUUCCCAGAGCCAGCCGGACGUGCGGGCCGUCAUCCUGUCUCAGCUGAGCGCGGGGCGGCAGCGGCGGGGAGGCCGCGGCAGGGGGGGCCGCGGGGACAGCCGGCAGCAGGACCGACACACUCAGACGGAUUCGUCCUCUCCGUCCACGUCCGUGGAGCCUCUGCAGCCGUCUCCCGCGCACACUCAGGACUCCAGGGAGCUUUUCUCCGCCGACCCAGGAGCUCCCCCUUCACCUCCAGUCUCCAGCGUCCGUCCACCCAGGGGGAGGAGGAGGGGUAGGGGCAGAGGCAGGGGGAGACCUCAGAGACCACCGCCUCUUAAACACGGACGUGAACAAAGCGCAGGAGGUCUCCAACCCCCCGGUGCAGCUGGACCUCCUUCAGUCACAAGAGGUCCAGCCCGUCCCACAGCUGGAGACCAGGAGAACUUCUAUCCCAUCUUUCAGCAGAGCAGACCCCAACAGAGGACCACAGCAGGCACAUCAGGCUGGGAGUCUCUUCUCCUGCCCUCCUCCUCGUCCCCGCCUCCAGCAUCCCUGCCGUCUCUUCCCUCUCUGAUGCGCCGCCUGAAGACCGUGGACAUCCAGCAGGAUUUUCACCUCCCCGAUGAUCAGUUCGCCUCCUUGAAGCUGCACAAGCUGCGGCAGGUUGCCGUGGAGUCCGGCCACGAGUAUUUCUCCACCCCGUCGCACAGCACACGGAUGCGCUCGAACAGCCUCUACAGCGCCGUCGAUCCGCCGACGCCCUUUUCCCUCCCGCUCAGCCUCACGCCUACGAUCUCACCCUGUCCGAACGAGAGCGAGCAGACAUCAGAACCCAGGCCUGCAGGUGAUCUGAGCAGCAAGUGUGUAGAUGAAGAGCUACGUGAUCUGAAUGCUCCGGAAACCAACGCAGACGACCCGAAGGACUCGACGGAAGCUGCUUUGGUGGAGCAGGACUUGGAAGAGCAUGAAACGGUGACUGAGCGCGGCGCAGCCCUCAGCAGUGAUGAUAAACCGGUGGACUUUGAUGAACCGCACGUUCGCCAGAGCGUUGUGGAGAGACGCGUGUGCAGAGAACAUGAUAGAGGACGUGAUUCAGAUGAGCCCAGAGCGGAGCAGUCUGCAUCUGAAAAACAAACUUCUUCAGAGGAGCUCAUGACUACAGAGCCACAGCUUGAAGACCGCUGCAUCACAGAGAAACCCUCCAUUGACUUCUGUGAAGGUCAAACAGGAGACGAGGCCCCUGUCAGCUGCUCCGCUUCAAAAGUGGGCUAUGACUCUGCAGCAAAGCCGCCGGUAAAUAACCUAAAACAGCAAUAUUCCCCGGAGCGUUUUGAGGAACCAGCGGAAACAGACUUUUCCACAGAGAGAAUGGGUGAAAAUAAAGCCUCUCAGUUCCUGUUUAAGUCUCCUCUGGACUCAGUGGGGUCCCUGUUUACAGCCCCUUACCUUCCCUCCUCUGCUCCAGCUUCCAGCCCGGUCCUGCCCUCCCUGGGGGUCACCCCUAACGCCGCCCGCCUGACUACCUCGCCCCCUGCUCCCUCGCUCUUGAUGCCUCCUCCUCAAAGCCCGUCCACUCAGGAUCCGGAUCUCUGUCUCGGCCCGUCCGCCGCCUCCAUCCCUCCCAGCCUUCCUCCCUCCAUCUGCAGUCAGAUUCAGGACUUCUCCGAGCGUCCGGCUUUAAGCAGUCAGGACGACGGAGUCGGGCCUGCUGCCGGCCCAGUUGUGGAGGAGGGGGUGACAGCAGAGAAGCGGUUACUGAGAUGCACACACACGCUGGAGGCUCCAGCCGGAGGCUCCCUGGUCGACGCGUGCUGCCUUCCUGGCCCGCCGGGCGGUUUGCGCGUUGCAGCUGCAGGAAAGUGGGCGGUGUGCCUCUGGAGCUGGACUCCAGAAUCUGACUGGAGCCUCAAACACACCUGGACCUUCAGUGAGCCUGUGAUAAACGUGUUCCCUGUGCCGGACUCCGAUGGCCUGAUGUUCGUGUCUCUGGGUCAGCUGGAAAUAAGAGAGCUUAGAAUGCUGUCCUGCUGCAGCCUCAGCCAGACGCUAAUAUGUGAGGGCAUCAUCCAGGCUGCGGUUGGUCUCUACGACUCCAGAGUGGCUACCUCCUCCGUUUCGGCCACAGGCUCCGCCCUGCAGGUCUUUACGCUCUCACACGGCAGCAGCUCGCUGAGCUCUCAGCCUCGCGUGCCUCCUGGUGUUUGUGUGAGCUCCCUCGCUCCGGUUGACGGACUUUCUGACGCUCUCAUUGGUACAGAUGAAGGAGCGCGUCUUUUUAUCUGGAAUUUGAAGACGGGCCACCUGCUGACCAGAGUGCUGCUUGAACCCGGUUUAUCAAACACAGCCUGUCUCAGAGGUUACUCCGAGCGCGGAGUGCUAUUUGUGUUGCUGCAACAUCAGUUUCUCAGCUCCCUGGACCAAGAAGAGAAAGAAGCAAAAGAGAAACAUCAGAUGCCUUCAGAGGAGGAGAUGAAGCCAGCUUUGCUCUCCUUAGCCGCCGUCAACCCCAUGAAUGGAAAGUCGGUCUUGGCCGCUCGGCUUUGUCCUCCGAAAGGCUGGACUGGCAGGCUGUGUGAAGUAGACGUCAGCCGCUCCCGCGUGGCAGGCCUGAGUCAGAAUGGGUGCGUCUGCGUUUGGGAGCUGGAAGAAGGGGGAGCGUCCCCGACCGCGGAGGCUCCGCAGGACGAGGACUGGCAGCUGGCUCGAUGGGGGGAAGGGGACACGCUGGUGAUCGGGCAUCAGAGCGGAGACGUUUCCUUACAUCGCUACAGCGCAUGGCCGAGCCAGAACUGACACUAAAACUCUGCUGCUGAGAAACUCAUCGUCAGCGUCGUGCAACAUGUUGUACGGCUAGAGCGCUCCAUUCGAACUGAAGUUUAAAUCUGUUCUCAUCCGUUGGCGUUCCAGUUCAACGCUCCCCCACUGACAGUCGCCUCUACGUUGUUCAGACCGCUGUAAUUAUAGACAACGGAUGUGUUUUAAUGCCGUAACCCGAGCACAUUCCACAAGGUGAAAGAGGACGCUCCUGUUUUUGUUUUUAUUGCACAUAUAAAAACACAGUAAACCAGUUUGACUGAAGAUGUUUAAUUUUAAACCUCCCUACACUUUUAUCGCUGCUGUUGUUUUAGCUGUUAUCUGCUUAUGUGCACGAAUACUGCUGUAUUUGAAGACUUAAAAAAAAAAAAAAGGUUCAUGUUUGUAUUAAAAUUUCUAUUAAACCUU